AUGGCUCCUGGGGAGCAGCUGGAGGCGGGGCCCACGCUCCCUGGGUACAAACGGGACUGGACGUCCUCUCCCCGCCGGCCGCCCAUCAGACUGUCUACCAGGGACUGGACGUCGUCUCCCCGCCGGCCGCCCAUCAGACUGUCUAUCAGGGACUGGACGUCGUCUCCCCGCCGGCCGCCCAUCAGACUGUCUACCAGGGACUGGACGUCGUCUCCCCGGCCGCCCGCCGGACUGUCUACCGGGACUGGACGUCGUCUCCCCGGCCGCCCGUCGGACCGUCUCUCGGGACUGGACGUCGUCUCCCCCCGGCCGCCCGCCGGACCGUCUACCGGGACUGGACGUCGUCUCCCCGGCCGCCCGCCGGACCGUCUACCGGGGACUGGACGUCGUCUCCCCGCCGCCCGUCGGACCGUCUACCGGGACUGGACGUCGUCUCCCCCCGGCCGCCCGCCGGACCGUCUACCGGGGACUGGACGUCGUCUCCCCGGCCGCCCGCCGGACCGUCUACCGGGACUGGACGUCGUCUCCCCCGGACCGCCCGCCGGACCGUCGACUCGGGACUGGACGUCCGUCUCCCCGGCCCGCCCGCCGGACCGUCUACCGGGACUGGACGUCGUCUCCCGGCCGCCCGGCCGGACCGUCUACCGGGACUGGACGGUCGUCUCCCCGGCGCGCACCGCCGACCGUCUACAGAGGACUGGACGUCGUCUCCCCGGCCGCCCGCCGAACGGUCUACCGGACUGUGACGUUCGUCUCCCACGGCCGACGCCGUCGGACGUCUCUCGGGACUGGACGUCGGGUCUCCCCCCGGCCGCAACCGCCGGACCGUCUACCGUGACUGGACGUCGUCUCCCCGCGCCGCCCGGCCGGACCGUCUACCGGGGACUGGACGCGUCGUCCCCGGCCGCCCGGCCGGACCGUCUACCGGACUGGAACGUCGUCGUCCCCCCGUCCGCACCCCGACCGUCUACACCGGGAAGCGGGACGUCGAUCUCCCCGGACGGCCCGUCGGAACCGUCAUCCUCGGGACUGGACGUCGUCUCCCCCCGGCCGCCCGCCGGACCGUCUACCGGGACUGGACGUCGUCUCCCCGGCCGCCCGCCGGACCGUCUACCGGGACUGGACGUCGUCUCCCCCGGCCGCCCGCCGGACCGUCUACCGGGACUGGACGUCGUCUCCCCGCCGCCCGUCGGACCGUCUCUCGGGCCUGGACGUCGUCUCCCCGGCCGCCCGCCGGACCGUCUCUCGGGCCUGGACCCUGCUGCCGGCCGCGUUCCCGCCCUCAGGACCGGGCACCGACACACGCGCGUGGCCCAGGCCCUCGGAGGCCGUACCUGCGCGGAGGGCCGUCCGGGCUCCAGGACACUGCGCAGGAGGCAGCUUCGCACCAGGCGAGGCGGGAAGAUGGCGCAGCGGAAGCGGACCCCGUCCCGCGGCCGGAAGUCCCCGCCGCCGGAAGUCCCCGCCGCUGGAAGUUCCCGCCGCCGGAAGUGGUGGCAGAGCCGGAAGUUCCCGCCGCCGGAAGUUCCCGCCGCCGGAAGUGGUGGCAGAGCCGGAAGUGGGCCGCAGAGCCGGGCUCCAGUGAGCCAGGAGAAGGCCCAGGGCGCCUGCCACCAGGUCGGAGGGAAGCCCUGCCGCUGCCCCGCUGCCCCGCUGCCCCGCGGCCCCGCUCUGCCCUGA